AUGAAUGUAAACAAACGACAUUCUACGUCGACAGUCGAUGAUGCCGAAAAAAAGAAAUUCAAACAAGAUUUUCCCAUCGCUCAAUUCGAACACUUAGCCAAUGAACUCAUCUACGCAAUCUUUGAUCAUCUUGAUGCUCAGCAACUCCAUCAAAGCUUCUUUUCACUCAAUCAACGCUUCCAAUAUCUCUGUUUAAAUGCCAAUCUCUCACUUCGAAUCGGAAUGUCAUCAGCAUCAAAAACAAUAUUUGAACGCUCUUUCAACGAUAUUAUCUCGCAUCAUCAACAUCGAAUUCGAUCUCUCUAUCUAUUCAAUCCAUUCAUCAUUGAUUAUUUUACUAUUUCACAAUGUUCGCAACUGCAAACCUUGACUUUAGGUAACAUUGAAUGGGAGCGUUUGGAAAAUGUUCUCAUUACCUUAGCAUCUGCACCAAAUCUUGUGUCACUAUCGAUUUAUAUUGGGGGCGUUGGAAAACAAGCGACAGUUUACAGUUUAGUAUUUCAAUUACCUGCAUUAAAAUCUUGCAAACUAAACUUUCAAACGAAUGUUCCAUUGAAACUAUCUGCAAUUUCAAUAAAUUCAGUGAGUCCUAUUGAGCGUCUCAUCAUCAUGGAUAAUUAUAGUUUCGAUGAAAUUAAUGUAAUUCGAUCAUACGUCCCAAAACUACGUUUUUUAUCUAUUACUCGUAAACACGAAUAUCCCUUGAAUCUCUACAAAAACUCGUCGAGCAAUGAUCAAACUGCUUGCAAAGAAUAUCUCGCUACUCGUAUUUAUGUUUGUUGUCUGGCGAUAGCUAUCAUCAUAGUUACCAUUACGACGUCUUUGAUCACUCGUCUGGUGAAUAAAAUUGAAUACUCACCGUCAUUCGAACGAUUUCUAGUACUAACAUCAAAGUAUCCGAACAGUAUUCAUUGCCCGUGUACAAAAGUCGGAAUUGGUUACGAUGCGUUUGUUGUCACUCAAGUUCGAUUUCAUCAAGUAUGUUCGAGUCAGUUUGUUGAACAAACGUGGAUUGAUAUGAUGUUUGCUGCACAAAAUAGAACGUUUAUAUCGGCAGGUGAUUUUCGAACGAGAUUGAUCUUUUUCUGGCAGUUGAUCGCAGGAUUUUGUACGAUUAGCAAUAGAACAUGGAGCGAAGUUGUCGUCGGCUUUGAUGCAACUCAAAUUCUUAGUCAAUUAGCAAUCUCGGAAGAUCUUAUGCGGGCUCAGGUCUAUGCAGAUUUAAAGAAACAAAUAGCUAUGGUACAGUCAGCGUUCAUUCGUGAUUUACGUUCUAUUCGACAAACAUUUCGUGGAAAUCAAAUGGUAUCUGGCUUAGGAUCAAAUUUCUAUAUGAAAUAUUCAGCUGGCGACGGCACACAGUUUCAACCAGUUCCACAAAUGGCGCCACAAAUGUAUAAUAAUUGCACAUGUUUGAAUAUUGCAGGGUGUCCGCAUCUUGCUACUUUUAAUGAUAGCCACGAUCAUUUAAUUAUGGUACCAGGAAUGAUCUCAGAUUGUUUAGUGCUCGAUGGUGCACUUGCUUCUACAUUUGAAUGCUAUUAUAAUGAGACAUGUAUUUCUCUCUUACAUGAGACAGUACCGAUAACGCUAAAACCAUUAUCGAAUGAUUCAGACAAACAUUUUGUGAUGAAAUCAACUAUAGAAACGCUAUUGAAUGAAAUGAUGAUUGAUGAAAUGAGCAGUACAAUUCGAUUUGAUCUAUUUUAUGAUCAGUGUCAACCGAUGUACUGUGCGUAUUCGUAUGCACAUCGUUUUGAUGUUCUUUUCGUGUUCACAACAUUCUUUGGUAUUUUCGGCGGGUUAUCAUUUAUAUUAAAACAGAGUGCACCAUUGCUUGCCUUGAUAAUAUUACGUCGGAAAAAUAGAGUUGCGCCAGGCAGCAAUGCACCGGUCAUUCGGCAAAAUAAAUUGAUAGCAUGGUUGUGUCAAGUUCGAAUACUAUUCAACUACAUUACACAGAAUAUCAUUAAUUUAAAUCUGUUUGAAACGCAAACGCUACGUUCAACUAGUAAUAUUUUUCGAGAAAAACUUUUAACAAGAGUCUUUCUUCUGCUGAUUAUUGUUUGCUCUGUUGGAGUUGGAAUUUACAUAUUCUUCGUUGGUCAAAGUCAAGUUAUCACCGUUCCACGACCUACUUAUGACGUUUAUCAACAAUUGUAUGAUACGUACUCCGAUGCAUUAAAAUGUCCUUGUCAACAAGUGUCUAUUCCAUACAAAACUUUUAUGAAUGUUACAUUUGAAUUGCAUCAGGUAUGUUCGAGUGAUUUGAUCUCAUCAAAUUGGUUAGAUUAUAUCGCAUCUAUUGAUCCUAUUCAAUUACCUCCGACAUAUUUCACUGAUUUUCGCGCUAGUGGCACUUCUUACUUCGAACUUUUGGCUAUUUUCUGCACCCUCACUAAUAAUCAUAUAAGAGAUGCACAAGGUAUUUUUACUGAUACGCAAUUUAUCAAUGAUCAUGCUCUUGCCGCGCCACUCUUCAUACAACAAACAGCAACUAUAAUUCAGUCAUACAUUGCUGGUAUCCUCAAUGAUUUUCAACGUUCUAUCGACUGGGUUCAAGUUGGUUUAAGUACCAAUCAGGUUUUGGUUGGGACAAACACAAAUUUUUAUAUUUUUAUCGAUGUUAACGGUGUAUUAGAUCUCAGAAAUGGCUAUUUUGUGGCAGCGUUUACCAUCGAUGAGGAUAGGGUUUAUGCGAUUGGUUUUUGCGGGUGUGGGUUUGAAAUUGAUGAUUACAAUUGCUACGGAUGGAAUUUUAUAUUUCCAAACGGUACUCAUCAAGUUCGAUACGACUACAUGUUUCCUGAAGUGCGAGUUGGUUGUAUGCCUUUAAAUGGAUUUUUCGCAUCGACAUUCGCUUGGUGGUAUAACAAAACGUAUUUGAAUAGAAUUCAAGAAACAUAUGCUUCAAUACUUGUCUCGCAAUCGUUGGCAAAGCUUGACCAGCUCGAUAUAUCAGUGACAACUCGAUUUCGCAAUGAGACAAUGGAAGAUUUACUUCGUCAGAUGUUUCUAGAAACAUCGACGACGAAUAACACAGAUUUUAAACAGUUUUAUGAGGCAUGUGCGCCAAGUUCUUGUUCAUAUACAAUUAAGCAGCGUCGCGAUGCAUUUGUUCUUCUGCUUCUUUUCAUAUCAAUUUGCGGUGGACUGAACAGAAUCCUUCGAAUAUUUGUGCCAAGCAUCGGUAAAGUCAUUCUCUUCUUUAUCGAUUAUCGUAAAAAUCGAGCAUUAGAUCCUCUCGUCGCUCGUUUUAAACACCUCACCAGUGUUAUUUACAAUUCAAUUACAAACCUAAACUUAUACAAAACAGAAUUAACCAAUGGAGUACAACUUGAAAAAAUAUACACAAGAAUUUAUAUUCUACUGUUUACGAGUUCACUCGGUGUUUUACUCUUUUACAAUGCAGUCGUCGAACGAAGUGUUACAAAAACAUAUCCAUCGCCAUCGAUUGCUGAUUAUGAACGUUUAUUAAAUUUGUAUCCCGAUAAUGUCAAUUGUCCGUGUGCAUAUCUCGCAAUUCCUUAUGAUAAUUUCAUAAAAGAAUUACGCGUAGGUGCGUUCCAUCAAGUGUGUUCCACUAACGUAAUAGUUAACAUUUUCCUAGCAGGCAAGUGUAAUUUUAUUCGAGAAUACAAAUCCAUAUAUUAUGAUUUAGCUAUGCCGCUUCCUUUGUCCGGCUUUUCGAAUAAAAAUGAUUUUCGCAAUGUAAAUUCUGUUUUCAUUCGAGUUAUGAAACAGCUGUGCACAUUAGCAGAAAGGACUAUUGAAAAAAGUCUUCUCACAUUUCGUAAUUCGAACAUGUUCGUCAAGCAAAUGAUCUCUCGCCAGCAGUUUGCUAAUGAAUCUAAUAAAAUAAUCCAUCAGUUUCAAGAGAAAUUACCGAUUGAAUUUGCUCGUACAUUAAAUUUGAUUCGUACAAUAUUACAAGGAAAUGCUUUGUUUAGUCAAAUACCAUUCAAUUGGCAAAUUAUAAUAAACGAAGCAAGUCAAGGGAAAAAUGCAACAUUUCGUACUGAACCUGUUUACUAUUUCAAUGACGAACAAAAUACCAAUUGCACAUGUGCUGCUCAGCAUACUUGUACUAUGCCAGCAAUCAUGUAUAACGGCUCGUCAUCUAAGCCGUUGAGAGGUUUCAAACUAGGCUGUUAUUCACUUGAAACAGUACUUCUAUCAUCAUUAUCGUGUUUUUAUUUCAGAACAUGUAUUGAUGACUACCGAUAUUAUACAUUCAUGUAUCUUGCUGAUCUGAACCUCGUUUUCAAUGGUACAGAUGAAGUUAUUCAACUGAACUCCUCAUUGACACGAUUCAAUAUCGAUGAUACAAUCGAAACAAUCGCCUACGAAUUGUUUAUUGAAUCAUGGAUGAGUAAUGUUUCUUAUGAAAGAUUUUUCAACAGCUGUGCUCCCAGUUCUUGCACUUAUAAAUACUACUACCGAUUCGAUGUGUUCGAAUUGUUGACAGUAUUCUUAAGUGUAUAUGCUGGCUUAUCUACUGUUAUUCGAUUCAUCGUACCAUAUUUUGUUUCAAUGAUUAGAAAUAUCCGUCGUCGUAUUUGUACAUAA